CCGACACGGAAAUCCACAAGAAGGCGAAGCAGCCGGACGAUAAGCAAAGUGGCUGCCAAAACCGCUAACGUUUCAGGAGCGAAUGCGACAGAAUGGCGUUGUGCUGGGGAAUUUAGCAGAAAACCGUAGUGGUGGCCAUCAACCGAGCACGUCCACAGGGAUCACCAGCCUGGCAUCAAAGGAGCUCCCGUUGCCAGUGAAUCUGCGUGGAAACACACAGCUGCCACACGCUUUGCCGACAACUUCAACCAAUGAUCAUUCGAACCGGCCGCUGGAAGAGCCGUCUGCUUCAUAUACGGAAUUGAAACGUCGGAAAUUCGCGUGCAAAACUAUUUUAAAUAAUACAGCUGUUUUAAUUUUUCUAGGAAUGCAGCCACUGCAGUGUCCAGCGGCAGAUGUAUCUUUUGAUCGUAAAGUUGGAAAGUCGACUGACUUUUACAAUUUAUGGGACACAUUAAGCACUGAUGGUGCUUGGACAAGCCAGACUGAUUUAGUGGAAAAAAUUGCUUUCGAUGUUAAACAAGCGGAACUGGAUCGCGAUGCAUCAUUCGAAGUGUGGGAGAACGCUGCUGUCCAACAGCAAAAGGCGCAGGGAUUGUCGGAAGAGGAUUUAUACGUGGCAUCUGACACGGAGAUUUUUCGCGCCCUGGCCAUGGCGGAAAUUCCGGUGGUUGAAGAUGGGCCGACUCGCAACACCGCCAUCGUCACGUUUCCACAAGCCGCUUUGAUGGGAGCUCCUGUAUGAAAACCAUCUCGUAUAACACGUUUGCUUUUAAUUACAGCUGUGCAUAUUAGUGAUAUUACUGAUUUCUGAUUUUUAGCCGACGGGACUGCUAAUAGCUCAGAUGUGAAAGUGCCCACUGUACUCGUGAAGAACACAGCGGAUAUGCUGAAAAAGGAGUUCCAUGUUGUCCAGCUGCCGCAAAUUUCAGACAACGCCGAUUUGUUGGAGGAAGGGUUUCCAGUUAAAUUCAAAGAUCACCGUUGGAAAUGGCCAGAAAUAGGAGCUCCUGUUACGGCUGAUGAAGAAUACUAUAUUCCUCUGCGCACCUCAGAGCGGGAAUUUCAUCUAAAGAAUCCUCCGAGGGUGAAUCGUUCUGCAAUUACUCUGCGCGACCAGUUGUCUCCAUGGUUUUUCCAGUUGGGAGGUCCCGGAAAGAAACACCUGGACGUCGCCUUUCCUGCCGUUUUUGUGGACGAUGAUAGCCAUUUUUUAGAGGCUCAGUUUCUUAAUCGAAAGAUCACCGCAGAGAAGUUUUCGUGGUACUUGAUGUCGCGAAUGAUGGGAGGAGCUCCUGGCCUCAUUCGUUUGGCGACGCUGUACGAAAUGCACAAACAAACUGCCACUAACAAGCGGCAGUAUAACUUCUACGAAAGAGUUUUGGGAAUUGACUUCUUCCGUUCUGUUGACAAAAAGACUCGGGAUUUAAUUCGCGCUAUGGUGCCCACUAAUUCGG